GUCAUUCUGAAAGCCAGAAUUUCGCAUUGUUGCCACGUGGGGUCUCGCAAUAUUAAUUCGGAGUCUGUAUUCGGAGUUCGCUCGUCAUUCCUGUCUACUCUUGUCACUCCUGUCGACCCUUGAUCUUGCGUGCGAGGGUGCGUCACAUGAAGAAACGGAGAAAUGCGAAACGUUGAACCGGAUAGAUAGGCAAUGUCGUUGUUAUCUUGAGUUGAGUUUCUCCCGUUGGACUUAUAUAUCGACGUGAGAGUAUUUGUCGUCGAAGAGUAUCAAAGAUUCAGGGCGAGUUUCAUUACUUCAAAUCUUACGUGAAUAAUUUAUACGUAUUUGGAUCUCUCGGUCUUCUUUCUUUUCUCUCUGUCGAGGCAGUAUCGUUGCUAUAUGUGCGAUUAUGCCGUUGGGCGUUGGAUCAACGUACGUUGAUGUAAUGAUGACGAAAGAAAUAUUAUAGAUGCAAAAAUAGGCGCGGCCUUAGAUUAAAUAUCUGCGUGACGAUCCUAACCUAGUUUGACGAUAACAUGAAGUCGGGCAACACGGACAAGCAUAGGGGCACGAUACUCUUAAAGCCGGAGGAAAAUGACCAAGUUUUCCAACUGAUAGGGAAUCGAUGCCAGUGUUUAGCAGCUGGUGUUAUACAAUUAUAUUUGACUGAAGCUCCCUUACACAAAGAUUGGAUUAAAAAGAAUACAGGUAUUAUUACCCUAAUAAGAGACAAUCCAAGACGCAGUUUUUUCUUGCGAUUAUAUUGUUUGCAAAGGAAGAUGAUGUUAUGGGAACAUGAAAUCUAUAAUUCGAUGGAUUAUAAAGCGCCAAUGUCAUAUUUUCAUACAUUUGAGGCAGAAUAUUGUAUGGCUGCAUUUAAUUUUGCGAGUGAAACCGAAGCUAUUACGUUAAGAAAUAUACUUCUUGGGAAAUUAAAUGCUAAACGUCAAAGAAGACAAGAAAGGAGAGCGAAAGAAAUGCAGGGUAGUAACACUAUGCCUUGGAAGAAUCAAAAUAGCCUGUUACCCUUUACUGUCACAUCAGGUUCGUCGAAUAAUUUGUCAAAUGGCGCGCCUAAUACAGUUGGCGUUAAUAGAAGUGCUUCUAGUAGUUCAAUGUACAAAACUAAAAAGAAAAAAAAUGAACAAGAUCUUAAGCGCAAGUUGACUAAGGAUGAUAUUAGCCUUCCUUCUAAUUUCAGACAUGUGGCACACUUAGGAUGGGAUGUUAAUAACAAGGGUUUGGAACUAGAUUCUGUAGAUUCAGAAUUGCAACAAUUUUUUGACUAUGCCGGUGUUUCGGAACAUGAACUUCAAGAUAAAGGCACUCGGAAGUUUAUAUAUGAUUUUAUCGAAAGGAACGGAGGUAUGAGUGCAGUGCAAGAGGAUAUUCGGCCAUUGGUCAAUGCAAAAAAUAGUGAUCAGCCUCCUGCACUGCCACAAAGGCAGGAAUAUCCCCCACCUGUUCCAGCACGAACAAUACCUCAUCAAACACGCAUUGCUCCACCUUUACCUCCAAAUCGGUUUAAUGCAUCUCCUGCAUUAUCAAGUGUGCCAUCUAGCCUACCUCCAAGUGCACCUCUAAAUGCUUCUCCCAAUAAUCCACCAGUACACAGAACCUUACCCUCAAGACCACCUCCACCAACUAUAACAUCAGCACCGGUUCUUCCUCCACCUCCUCCUCCACCUCCACCUUCAACUCCUUUGAAAAUCAAUACAAACAUUCCCACACCUCCACCUCCACCACCUUUACCGGACUUGAGUAGCAUCAACAGCACAACAACGAACACAAAUGUUACUAAUAACAAUAAUGAGGAAUCAGUCGCUGAUCUUAGACCGAUGCUCAUGGAAUCUAUUAGAAGCGGUACAAUUUUAAAGAAAGUUGAUAAGGCAGAAAUAAAACCACCAUUAGUGGUUGAAGAUUCAAGAGGAGAAUUGCUACGACAGAUACGUGAAGGCAUAGAAUUGAAACCCGUUCGAAAUGAAGCAAAAUCUAACACGUUGCCUGCACCUCGUGGUGGUUUGGCCGACGCAUUAUCUAGAGCUCUAGCUGAACGAUCUCGUGCAAUUCAUAGUGAAAGCGAAGAAUCCACUAGCGAUACCACCGAUGAUGAAUGGGAUGACUAAAUCAGAUUUCGCAUAUGGAAGUUCACAAAGAGAAGCCAGAGGGACUAUGCAAGGCAUCAAAUAUACUUUUGCUGCUUGGAGAGAAAUCCUAGUCACAAGACAAAAUGUUAUAGUUUAUUGUACUUUAUUCCCAACUUCACAUAUUAGUCAAACUAACUCCACAUUUUUUUAACACUUACAUUAUAUAUUGUUUGACUGGUGUAUUUAAUUUACAGAAAUUGUCAGGCCGAAUAUACUAUUAUAUUAUAAUAGAAUUAACUGAAAGGGUA